CGUUCCACUCAUCCCCAAAGUGUGAGAAAGAAAGAAUUUAGAAAAGCGUUGGAGGAAGAAAAGAUCCAUCAUCUGAGUUUUUGCAGAGCUCAUCAAAUCCAACCUCCAUUCCCGCUUUCUCACUUUUUCUCUCAUAAACCGCACACGUAACCCUAAUUCAUCAUUUAAUUAUCUUAUUUAACACGAUUUUAAUUAAUUUCACCGACAAUCUUCCUAUUUUUUUGUCCAUUUUCAAUGAUUCAUUUCAUAAAUUAAGCUCAAGCUUAACCAUGAUCUAAAUUCCUGACUGAAUCAUACGCAUUCAUUCAUUAAGGUUUUGAGAUGGCAUGGUUUAAUGCGAAAAAUGCAUGGGGGAACUUCCCUGAUUUGGCGGGAGCUGUGAAUAAGCUUCAAGAGAGUGUCAAGAGUAUCGAGAAGAAUUUUGAUAAUGCUCUUGGUUUUGAAGAGAAAGAUGGUGAAUCCAGUAAUAAUGAACAAGCUUCAGAAUCUUCAGGAUCAUGGCCUAUACCUACUGAUGGGAAGGCGCUAUUUAACCCUGUCUUGGCCUUUAUGGGGAACAAAGGUGAGGAAGAUAGUGAAGAAACAUCGGAGAACAUUGAAUCCUCUAAGCUAGAAUCUGAACCUGAGAUGGCAGAGGAAAAACCCGAGUCUUUGGAUCAUGUUCCUGUGGCUGAGGGAAAAGAAGUCAUUGAAACAGAUAAAAGAGACAAUGUGGAAGCUGAAGAAAUCACUGUACAAGAGGAAAAUAAAGUGCACGAGACAGAAGAAGAUGGUGAGCAUGUAGAGUCAGUGGAUGGAACAACUGUACAGGAUUUGGACCACAGAAAGGAUGAACAGCAGCAGUUACCGGAGAUGCCUGUUGAAUUACCCGAAUCUCCCAUUCAGAAGUCCGAGAAUUCGGAUUCGAUUAGCAAUUCUGAAGAGAAAGAGAUUGCUGAAGUGGGAACCUUGGAAAGUCCAGUUAUGACGCAGCAGCCCAUGGUUUCUAACAUUGUAGAUGAUGUAGUUGAGGGUAGUACUAGUGAGCUUGGUGAGUCUCGUGGUACUAGUGAUGUGCAUGAUACUAUUGGAGUUGAGACAGAAGAGGAGAGUAAGGAAGAAGAGAGGGUACACACAGAGGAGAAUGUAGAGAGAAUUUCUUCUGUUCAACCCGAGACAUCAGACGAUACCGAGAAAAGAGAUGAUACAGACACUUCUGUUCUACAUUCCAUAGCUUCUGAAGAAUCCAAUAGCACCGAUCAAUCGUAUAAUGAACACCAGUCCAUUGCUACUCCAAAUGAAUCAUCUGAGGUGGUAUCUGAUUUGGUUUCACAUGACAAUGAGACAAUUGUUGAGGAAAAUGAAAGGGACCAUGCCAAUAAUAUUGAAACAGACAUAAAAGAGCAGCAUUUGAGUUCAACACAAAAUAUGCAUGACUCGGAUUCCAAACUUGAGUUGGAGAGGGUGAAGAGGGAGAUGAAAAUGAUGGAGGCAGCAUUACAAGGUGCUGCAAGACAAGCUCAGGCUAAAGCUGAUGAGAUAGCAAAAUUGAUGAAUGAGAAUGAACAAUUCAAAGCUUUAAUUGAAGAUUUAAAGAGAAAGUCCAAUGAAGCUGAAGUUGAGUCUUUGCGAGAGGAAUACCAUCAGAGGGUUUCAACUCUAGAGAGAAAGGUUUAUGCUCUCACCAAGGAACGGGAUACGCUUCGUCGAGAGCAGAAUAAAAAAAGUGAUGCAGCUGCUCUAUUGAAGGAAAAGGAUGAAAUAAUCACUCAAGUUAUGGCAGAAGGUGAAGAGCUUUCCAAAAAACAGGCUACUCAAGAAUCUACAAUAAGGAAACUUAGGGCUCAGAUUAGAGAUCUUGAGGAGGAGAAAAAAGGUUUGACUACUAAACUUCAGGUGGAGGAGAAUAAAGUAGAAAGCAUCAAGAGGGACAAGACAGCUACAGAGAAGUUGUUGCAAGAAACAAUAGAAAAACAUCAAAAUGAACUCGCAGUGCAGAAAGAGUAUUACACUAAUGCUUUGGCUGCUGCUAAGGAAUCUGAAGCAUUAGCAGAGGCUCGAGCAAACAAUGAAGCAAGAACUGAGCUAGAGAGUCGUCUAAGAGAAGCCGAGGAACGUGAAUCUAUGCUAGUCCAGGCACUUGAAGAGCUGAGACAAACAUUAAGUAGAAAGGAACAGCAGGCUGUCUUUAAAGAAGACAUGCUCUGUAGAGACAUCGAGGAUCUUCAAAAACGUUACCAGGCAAGUGAAAGACGUUGUGAGGAACUGAUUACACAAGUUCCAGAAUCUACAAGGCCACUAUUAAGGCAAAUUGAAGCCAUGCAGGAUUCAAAUGCCAGAAGAGCUGAAGCUUGGGCUGCUGUUGAAAGAACUCUUAAUUCUCGACUACAGGAAGCCGAGGCUAAAGCUGCAACUGCUGAAGAAAGAGAGAGAUCUGUGAAUGAUCGCUUGUCUCAAACCUUGUCUCGAAUUAAUGUUCUUGAGGCUCAGAUUUCAUGUCUUAGGGCAGAACAAACUCAAUUAAGUAGGACCCUUGAAAAGGAGAGACAAAGGGCAGCUGAAAGUAGGCAGGAAUAUCUUGCGGCAAAGGAGGAAGCUGACACUCAAGAAGGUCGUGCUAGACAGUUUGAGGAAGAGAUUAGAGACAUAAGACAGAAACACAAGCAAGAGUUGCAGGAGGCAUUGAUACACAGGGAGCUUCUUCAGCAGGAAAUAGAAAAAGAAAAGGCUGCUCGAUCAGAUCUGGAAAGGACUGUUCGCGCUCAUUCUGCGCCAUCAUCAGAACAAACUUCCACAACAAAGCAUAAUUCUGCUUUUGAGAAUGGGAAUCUUUCCCGAAAACUCUCUACUGCAAGCUCUCUUGGAAGCAUGGAAGAAAGCUAUUUUCUUCAAGCAUCACUGGAUUCAUCUGACAGUUCUUCUGAACGGAGAAAUCCGGGAGAACUAAGCAUGAGUCCUUACUAUAUGAAGAGCAUGACACCCAGUUCUUUUGAGGCUGCCCUUCGCCAGAAGGAGGGUGAACUUGCUUCGUAUAUGUCACGCCUGGCAUCACUGGAAUCUAUUCGUGAUUCUCUUGCUGAAGAGUUGGUCAAAUUGACAGCACAGUGUGAAAAGCUGCGUGGAGAGGUUGCUGUGCUGCCUGGCUUAAAAUCAGAGCUAGAAGCACUGAGGAGGAGGCACUCUGCUGCUUUGGAGUUGAUGGGUGAACGUGAUGAAGAGCUGGAGGAACUUCGUGCGGAUAUUGUCGAUUUAAAGGAAAUGUACAGAGAACAAGUCAACUUACUUGUGAAUAAGAUCCAGAUAAUGAGUUCAUCAACCUAAUUUAGCCGAAGAAGGGGCUUGGGGAACGGAAAGGCUAGUAGCGUCUAGCAACCAUUUUGCGAUGGCCAUGUCUUUGAGCUGUGUACGAUGUCAAUUGGCACAGUAACAGUACAUUGGAGAUUAGUGCCUUUAGACUCUGAAGAAUGACUCCUUUCAGGUCUUCAAGAAAGGAUUUAUACUUUGUCUGGGCAACAUAUAUUGAUAUUGACGAUCUCCCUUGCUAAAUAUGAUUUGUAUUAUGAGUUAUGACUUGAGGAAUGUUGUAUAGUCUGUGAGAAUCUUCUGAGAUAUAGGGAUUCUUUUCGAGUGCGUGAUGAUACAAAUAAACAAAAUAUAUAUUACUGUGACCAUGUUACUGUUUUUUCUGGGCCCUCCUUUUCCAUGCAAAUCAGUUGGUGUAUUAUAAAUCACAAUUAGCAUGCCUUUGCAACUAUCAAUGUAACUUUUUAUUUUAUUUGAAUACAGUACCUUAUUACGA